AUGGAUGGAGUGGCUUAUAAUAAAUUUUAUUUCACUGGACAUCAUAAAAAGGAGCAACUCUCACAUGAAAAACUUGAGAAACUGGUAAAAUCAUUAGAAUUGUCUAUUGAACAGCCUUGGGCAAAUGAUGACAAAUGGAUAGAUUUUAUUAUUCAAGUUCUUUUACUGAUUAAAAAUAUUAAUAAGUAUAUCAUUUAUUUACAAGAGGUUAAUCAAAAAAUGAAUACAAUACAUAAUAGUAAUGUCUCAACACAUAAUCCUGGUUGUGAUUUAAUGGUAUAUACAAUUGAAGCAUUUGAUAGCAUUCAUUCCAAAUAUGAAGAACUCUCAGAUUUUUUAUUUGAAAAAGAUUCUUACGAGUUUUUUGAUCUUGAUGAAUAUACGUCACAUAAUGUAAUACAAAAAUACAAUUACAUCAAGAAUUUACAACUUAAUGUUCCUGUGACAAUUUAUCGGUAUUACCAGGGCAAUUAUCUUAGAACUAUUAACUAUAUUUGGAAAGUUCCAUUAAGAAAUGAUCAUUGA